AUGAAUUCGCAAAGCCAUCGCUCAGCUGCCCUGCACGCUGCUUCCAAGAUCAUUCAACGCAAACCUUCACGGACCGAGAAUAUACCACCUCCACGAAAUGAAGUAGCUAAGCAAGGAUUUUCUUCAGACGACUAUGUAAACGGCAAAGGCGUUCAAUACCCUGCUCAGGGCGAUGAAAUGGACGAAGAUGAAGAUGUCGCAGGAAUCAGCGAAAAUGACAGCGAGAUGGAACCAUAUGCUCUCUCAGAAGACCAAUUCUCAGAAGAAUCUGACGGAACCGUGGAUGAGAUUUGCCCUGAGGUGCAGGAGGAGAUCGAUGAGUUCAUGGCCUCGUUUCAAGAACUUGAUCUGCACUACAAGAUUGUUAGCAAGACUGGAGAGGGCACUUUCUCUUCUGUCUAUAAAGCAAUAGACUUGCAGUAUAACAGUUACGUAAACGAAUGGGAUCUCGACGAACGAACCGCCGAAUACUACUCGCCUCGAUCGAAACGACACCGCUUAAAUCAAGCUAAGGAGAAGAGGGUCAAAUAUGUCGCUAUUAAAAAAAUAUACGUCACAAGCAGCCCACAGAGAAUCCACAACGAAUUGGAACUCCUAAAAGAUCUUACUGGAUCAAAGAAUGUGGUAUCACUCAUUACGGCUUUCCGCCACCUCGACCAAGUCAUUGCCGUCAUGCCUUAUUUUCGCCAUGUCGAUUUCAGAGAGUAUUUUAGGAAACUCAGUAUCAUCGAAAUCCAACGUUACAUGCGAUCACUCUUUACGGCUUUGAAGUUCGUCCACGCCAAGAAUAUCCUUCAUCGAGAUAUUAAACCAACAAACUUUCUUUACGAUUGCGCAAAAGGUAGAGGCGUAUUGGUUGAUUUUGGUCUGGCUGAGAGAGAGGAAUAUGACGGAGUUUGUCCUUGCACCAGGGCUAGAGGGCCCCCCCCGAAACCUGUAGCGCCAGUUGGGGGGUAUCCUAAAAACGAUCAAAGGCCGUCCAAGCGAGCUAACAGAGCUGGGACGAGAGGCUUUCGCGCCCCCGAGGUCCUAUUCAAGUGCAACAGACAAACCACUAAAAUCGACAUAUGGUCUGCAGGUGUCAUCCUCUUAACUUUCUUAUCAAAACGAUUCCCCUUCUUUAACUCCCCGGACGACAUCGACGCCAUAAUUGAAAUGGCUACGGUCUUUGGACGGGCGAAGAUGAGGGCCUGCGCCGCGUUGCAUGGCGCCGUAUUCGAAACCGCCAUCCCAACAAUUUCAGAGAAAGGUCACAGUUUGUCUCGGAUUGUUGAAUGGGCGACAUCCAGGAGCAAGAACGAUCCUCUGAGCCUAGAGGAGAAAAGAGCACUGGUUUUCUUAGAAAAGACACUGGACUUGGAUCAUCGCAAACGCCUAUCAGCUGCAGAAGCACUUGAAGACCCGUUUCUCACAAAUAUCGGAGCCGAUAUUUCCGACGACGAAGUCGAAACGAUCUAG